AUGGCAUCCUUCGGGAAGGCGAUGCGCGAUGCCCACUUCGACUUUGCUCCUUCUUACACACCACUAAACCAUGGCUCUUUCGGAGCCUAUCCUACGACUGUUCGAGACUAUCAGCAGAGCCUGCAGCGUGAGACCGAGGCACGGCCAGAUACGUUCAUCCGGUUCAGAUAUCCCGAACUGCUGCGAGAGGCGAGGCAGGCCGUCGCACCGUUGCUGGGAGCAGACACAGACGAGGUCGUCUUCGUGCCCAAUGCCCUCACCGGCAUCAAUUCCGUGCUGCGAAACUUGACAUACGAAAAGGGCGAUGUCAUCCUGUACUUCAGCACCAUAUAUGGCGCAUGCCUGAAUACGAUAAAGUCGCUGGAAGACACGACACCCGUGAAGGGUGUGUCCAUCAGCCUCACCUAUCCCAUCGAGGAUAAGGCUAUACGCGACAGGUUCAUCGAGACAAACUUCAUACUCCAGAUGCAGGGCGCGAGAGUGAGGCUGGCCCUGUUUGACACCGUACUCACCUUUCCCGGCGUGCGCUUCCCUUGGGAGUCGCUGGUCCGUCUCUGCAAACAGCUUAAUGUUCUCAGCUGCGUAGAUGGCGCACAUGGAAUAGGGCACAUCGAUCUGGCUCACUGUGCUCGAGUUGGGCCAGACUUCUUCAUCAGCAACUGCUACAAGUGGCUUAUGGUGCCCCGUGGAUGCGCUGUGCUGUGCGUGCCCCGACGGAACCACCACUUGAUCAAAACCACGUAUCCAACCUCUGAAGGAUACCUGCCGCAGGCUCAGCGAGAGGCAGUCUCGCCCACUGAGUAUUUCGUCAGGCUGUUUGAGAAAGUGUCCACGGUAGAUGCAACGCCGUACAUCUCCGUACUAGAAGCCCUGAAAUUCAGGGAGCAGAUCUGUGGAGGGGAGAAGCAGAUCCGUGAUUACUGCACGAGACUCGCAAGAGAGGGGGGUGAGUUGAUGGCAGCACUGAUGGGGACGGCGGUUCUCGAGAACGAGACAGGCACGCUUCGAGACUGCUGCUUCACCAACGUGAGACUGCCCCUGGAUAUCGGACAGCCUCGUAGAGACCCGAUUCUGCUGUAUGAGAACAGACAAGGCGAGACAUUCUCGCCAGAAGAGGUCCAGGCUAUGGCUGAUUGGAUCACGGAAAGAAGUGUCAAUGAGUUCGACUCCUUCUUGGCCACGAGGUUCUAUGCCGGAGCCUUCUGGACGAGGCUUUCCAGUCAGAUAUACCUCGAUCGUGCCGAUUUCGAGUGGGCUGCCAAAGUCCUGCUUGAUCUUUGCGAUCGAGCGAGAAAAGGCGAAUGGAGAUCUGUCUCUACGAGUGCCAAUAUCCAGGGCAGACUUGACAUAUGA